AUGUCCUUAACGGGGCUCCUGCAAUCGGGGCUCGUCGGCGCUACUUCAAAAGAGGAAAGGAUGAAUGUGGGUGCGUACCUAGAAACUAAUCACGAUGGAUCAAUUAGUCCCAUGAGAAGUUUUGGAAAUAAAGAGAGCGAAAAUAUAGGCAAUAACCCUAAGACGUUUCCUUGUCUUAAUAUUUGUCCUAAACCUAGCACAAAUAAAAAUGAUGCAGAAUUCAUUAAAAAUCUAACAGCUAAUCCUCGGAUAUCAAUUAUUCCCAGUACCAGUAGAGGUAUGGACGCAAUCAAUAUUUAUUUUAAAAGAGUUAUUCCAUUACUUUUAAUAGAAAAACAGAAAUCAUAUGCCGAGGUGCACUAUGUUCUCUUUAUCAGAUUAGCUGAAAGAAAAUUGAACUUAUGCAAAGAACACUGA